AAAGGCGUUACCGGAAGUGCCGAUGUUGCUAUAAGCAAAAAGUUGUGAUCGUGAACGGAGCUGUAAAGGUUUCACACUUCGGAAGUAAAGUCCUGGAAGAACAUGGCGCUUAAGCAGUGUCGGUCGCCAUUUAGGAACAUUGGUUUUAAGCGCUUAGAAAGGCGGCCAGACCCAGCGUCACCACAGGAGAAAGGUGUCCCAUCGAGGCUGACGACCAUCGGCACCGCAGCUGCUUUCCAGUUCUCUGCAUCUUCAAGCAGCUUCGAGCCGUCGUUGAGAUGGAGGAGACUGUCAGCUCUCAGGAACAUUUCUUUACGAGAGAUAAACGCCUCAGCCCAGACCCUCCAGUAUGACCUGAAACCAGACGUGCCGCAAGCUGGAGGCCGGAAGCUGUUCUUUGAUACUCACGCAGUCGUACGACUCCUUGAGGAAAAUGGUUUAAGCACCCAGCAAGCUGAGGUAUUAGUCCAAGUGUUACUGAGGACGACGAGCUCCAACAUGGAAAUCAUUUACAGCGACAUGGUGACCAAGGUGCAACAGGAAAUUAGCUUGCUGCAGGUGAUGUCUAAAAUAGCAGCUGUGAAGAAGGACAUGGUCAUCCUUGAGAAGAGCGAGUUUUCUACACUUCUUGCAGAAAAUGAGAAACUGAAGGUCCAGUUAUCGCAGCUCAAGGUGCAACUCGCUGAUGUAAUGAGCAAACUGCGCUCAGACAAUAGCUUGGACAUAAAUAUGGAGAAAAGUCGUGCUAAAGAACUGAAAGCACAGCAUGAGAAAAAGCUUCUGGAAACACGAACAGAGAUCUUGGAAAUGACUGCAGAACAAGACCGUCAUUUGACCCACACAAACAUGAAAAUAGACACUGAAGUUGCUGGUUUGAAAACCAUGUUGGAAGCUCAUAAACUGGAUACUAUCAAGUAUCUGGCAGGUUCGGUGUUCACCUGUCUCACUGUAGUCCUGGGUUUUUACCGCAUUUGGAUGUGAGCAGCAGUUAAUAAGGAGUGGGGUGCUCCGUUUAAAGAGCUGUGUUUUUUAUGUUUCAUUCCUAUUUAUUUACUGUUUAUUUUUACUUUUUAUUUCAAGCUGCUGAAAAAUCAACAAACAAACAAAAAACAUUUUCACUUUUGCAUGUUUUGUAAUAUUGAAUGAAAAAUGUAUUUAUUGCUGGCUGCUUAAACCGUGAUGGGGCUAGUUUUGUAUUGAACUAACCUCGUAAAAAAUGAAAGUUUUUUUAUCAAUGACUUUUCUUGUACUUUUUUAUUUGUAAAUAUAUAAAAAUUUAUUUUCUAUGUAAAUACCUAUAUAGAGCUGAAUGUAUCUACAAAGCUAGAUCAGCAUUAGUCUUAAUAGCUUACUUUAAAUUGCUCGUCUGAUUUCUGCUCCAAAUAAAAGUACAUUACUGAUAUCUUGA